UAAACCAUACUGAACUGUGUGCAUUAGUCACAAAAGGGCCUAUACAGAUCAAAGAUGUUGUAUUCCCCCAGAAUUCUGAGAAAAAUCCAUUACAUUAGAUUAGAUUAUUUAUAACAUAAUGGUGAUGAACACUGGUCAGAAGGGCCCCCUUGGAAUUUUUGCUUGGGGCCCGAACAGACUCUAGAAUCGCCCCUGAGCGUACAUGUUAGUCUAUCUCAGCUGUGUUGAUUUUCAUCGCAUGUGUCCGUACCUUUUCAUAGACCUUUGUGUUCUUCCUGGCGAUUGUUUACCCCCUUAUUCCCAGCUAUGUAUGUGGCUGCAGGAAUUUUAGAGUGGGUUGGCCCUGUGGUGAUGUCCUCACAAAGUCCACACUGUCCAGACACUCCUGUAGACACAUCUAGUCCCACCCCUGAGCCACCUACCUCCCUACCUACCUCCUCCCCACUCCCGCGCUCCCCCGUACUCUUCUCCCGCUCCUCUGCCUGGGUGAUUUACUCAUUUGAGGUCACGUCUUGAGGAGUUUCAGGGGCGAUCUGCUCUACCUUGACAGUUGUCCAUCACAGCCACCAUGGUUCACAGCAGCAGUAUCUGCAGACUGUUCCUGCUGGUGGUCCUCAGCCUCCUGGUUGUUUUCAUACACACAGACACUGUUGCAGACACUGUCUUAACAACCAGGGACAACCAGGACACUAUGUCCGGAGAGCCGCCCAGCGACGUCACCACCAAAGACCCCUUUCAAGACAUGACAGAGCAGUCCUUCACCAUCGACUACGAGGACAUCACACACUCUCUGACCAUAGACGAGGACAAAGGAGUGCUGGGGCCAGGAGCAAUCACAGCCAUUGUUAUAGCAGUGUCCCUGGGAGCAUCUGUCCUCCUCGCCCUCAUCGUCAUCACAUUGAGAAAGUUCACCGCAUCCUAGAGUGUGUGUGUGUGUGUGUGUGCGUGUGUGUGUGUUUAUAUGGUGUGAGUAAAUGUCUAUGAGUUGGAUGUGAGGACACGUUGUUUAGUUUCAAACCAUCAUUGUGAGGACAUGUUGACACUGUGAGGACAUAUUAAUAGGUCCUCGCAAAUGUAAGGGUCUUUUGAUGGCUGAGGGCUUUGGUUUUAGGUUUAAGGAUAGAAUUAGGCUUAGGUUAAGGUCAGGGGUUACGGUCAGAGUUUGGCCAGUGAUUCCUGAAGUCUAGGCUGCGCCCCCUGUAGGCCGUGUAGGUACUGCAGAUGGACUUUGAGAGAUCAUUAAAAUAUAAAUAAAAAAAAGAUUAAAAUUUUCUGUGUUGUAAGUAUCAAAUGACCACAAUAUUUUAAAUGAAUCUGAAGAAAGAAUCAGAUGUAAUAAAUCAGAGCUAUGGAAUUCUUAUUUUUUUAAUCAGAUUUUAUGUCUACAAAUCACAACCAAAGGAAUAUGUCUUUAUGUGCCGAACCCUAACCCUUAAUACAUUUUUGUUUUAAUUUUCUGAAUUCAAAUUUGGCUGUUAGGUUGAGGAAUGGCUGGUUCAGGCAUUUACUUAGCUUGGCUAGGGUUAGGGUAAGUGUCUUCACAGCUGUGUGUGUAUGUGUGCGUGUGUCACCUCAUUCUUUUGACUCCUUCCUCAUCUUUUUUGCAAAGAUGAGUCGUGACUCUCUGCUUUGCCGUAGAUGCUGAAAACUGUGGCAGGUCCCUCCUCAAAUGGACUAUUUACAUAUUUCCCCCUGUAAACACACACACACACACACACAGUAACAUGUCUACUUUAUUCCUGAUGAUUUAAUGUUAGAAACUGGCUGGCUCUUCCAGUGGAAACUGAACCAUGUCCAUACAACCCCCAACCCAUUAUGCAAGCUCUGUUUGCCUUUAAAUGUUUGUCACCCAUUUUGAUUUCUUGGCUUGAGAGAUUUGUGCAAAAUGUGCUGCAUGUGUUUGUACACGAAGUGUGAGUGUGUGUUUGUUUGAACACACUGAGGAGUCUUUCACAAUGAUUUUGAACUUGUUAAUAGAACAUUGUCCCAGGUGUCACCCAUGGACAUGUUUUCCAUGUACAAACAUUUGUGGAGACAAAAUCAGAUGAAACAUCUUUUUAUAAGUUGUUGGUUUGAACUGCAGUACAGUAAAUAUGUGUGAGCGUGA